UAAAUAGUAUUUAAAUACCUUUUUAUGGUAUUGAAUACUAAUGUAUUACUUGCUUACUGGUAUGUUUAAUUUUAACAGUAAAGUUAGUUUAAGUUAGUUUCUAUACUAAGUUAAUACCAAAAUAAUUUAUCUUUCAGGCAUUAAUAAAAGAUUUGGGGAUUUAUUACAAAAUAAGUUUUUAAUUAUUGCAUCAGUGAGUAAUCCUUAUUUUAAAGUGGCAUGGAUUAAAAAUGAUGUAAGAAAGCAAAUGGCUAUGGAUGCAUUUAGAAAUGCUUGUUUACAAAUAUAUGAAAAAGAGUGUGUUUCCAAUACUCAAGAACCUAAUAUUGUAGAAAGUUAUGAUGAACCAUCAUUGGACUUUUUUACGUGGUCUUCUUCAAACAAUAUGAAUGGUAUAGAUUCGGUAGAUAUUGAAAUUAAUCAAUAUUUUAGGACUUCGCCAACAAAAAACUUGGAUUGUUUGCAAUCACUUCCUAUACUUAAAAAAGUAUUUAUUAAAUACAAUACACCUCUCCCCAGCAGUGCUUCGGUUGAAAGGGUAUUUAGUGUAGGAGGAGCUACGUUAACAAAAAAGAGAACAUCCAUUAGUGACAAGCAUUUUGAACAAAUAAUGUUUUUAAAAUGUAAUAAUCAAUGCAAUAAUAAAUAAUAAUAAAAUGAUGA